CCAGGGGCGGACUGACCAUUUGGAAACUUGGGACUGCCCGAGGGCCCGGGGUCAGUAGGGGGCCCCAUGAGAUGCCCCUGGUACCUUUUUCAUAGGCUUUUUUGAGUUUGGGCAAGGACACAGGGGCCCAUGAUCCCCUAUUGCCCGGGGGCCCCAUGAGUUGUCAGUCCGUCCCCCUGGUUUUGCCGCCUAUCAGUGCCGCCUAUCCAUGCCACCUCAUCAGUGCUGCCUAUCAGUGCCCAUCAAUGCUGCCUAUCAGU